AUGGUAGUAACGGCAAGGGCACUGUGUGACAAUGGAUCACAGGUAAAUUUAAUCACAACUUCUAUCGUGCAACAAUUACAACUCAAGACGACAUCAAGAAAAGUCACGUUCACAGGCAUUGGUGGCAAUACAUUGGGUUCAUCGAUCGGCGAAGUUAGGUUAAGAAUUAAAUUAAGGGAUGGAGGGUUUUUAACUGAAAAAUUUCAUGUGGUAAAAAGCAUAACCACAUAUCAGCCGAGGAACACAACUCCUAAAUGGAAUAAUUUGAGCGGAAAACUGGCUGACGAACAUUACACACAGCUAGGAAAAAUUAAUGUCCUUUGCGGGGUUGGAUUCUGGGUAAAAAUUUUGGAACCUAAGUUACUUAAGUCUAAGAAUAAUUUGACCAUUGCCCAAAAAACCAAAUUGGGUUAUGUAAUUUUUGAAUCAGAAAGGGAUCCAUAUGAGAAUGAGUCUCCAUAUAUUGGAUCCGUAUUAGAGAGUAAUUCUAUUAAAAAUUUAUUAGACCAAAUCAAAAAAUUUUGGGAGGUGGAGGAAAUUUCUUUGGAAAAGAAAAGAACACUUGAAGAAGAAAAGUGUGAGGAGAUCUUCAUAAGUGGACAUUCACGGGACAAAACAGGGAGAUACAUAGUGAGAAUGCCAUUUAAUGAAAAAAUCGAAAAAUUAGGACAUUCAAAGAAGAGUGCCCUCCAUCAAUUUUUCAAAAUGGAGUAUAAAAUGAAGAGGAAUACAGAAUUCGGGGAUAAAUAUCGAUUAUUCAUGCAAGAGUAUGAAGCACUGGGCCAUAUGCAACGCAUAUCAGAGAGGGAUGAAUCUGGUUAUUACACCCCACAUCAUGGCGUUCUAUCGUCGGAAAAAUUUCGCGUAGUAUUUAACGCAUCAUCCAAGACGUCAACGGGAGUUACUUUAAACGAGUGUCAAUUAACCGGAGAAAAAUUGCAACCAGACCUACAAAUGAUCCUGGUAAACUUUAGAAAGUAUCGAUAUGGUGUUACGGCCGAUAUCGAAAAGAUGUACAGACAAAUCCUAAUGCAUCCAGAUGACAGGAAGUACCAAAAGAUCCUCUGGAGAGCAAAGGAAGGAGAUCCAAUUGGCGUAUUCGAACUGAAGACAGUAACUUAUGGACAUACAUGUGCACCUCACUGUGCAAUUCGAACAUUGAUGCAAUGCGCAAUUGAUCAUGAGGCAAAAUAUCCAAGGGCUGCAAAAAUAGUUAAAACGUGUUUUUAUGUCGACGACCUUCUGGCUGGCGGAGACACCCUGGACGAAGUGAGGGACAUUAAAAAUGAAGUAACCGCACUACUGGGAUUGGGCAAAUUACCAAUAACAAAAUGGAAAACAAAUGGAAAAUUUGAGGAGAAACUCGAAAUCAAGGAGAAAGACCAAUCAUCAGUACUGGGUCUGUACUGGGAUAUGAAAACGGAUCGAUUUUCUUUCAAAUUUAAAGAAGAAAAGGAGGAAGAGUUAAUAUGGACCAAGCGAAAAAUAUUAUCAACUAUAGGGAAGCUGUAUGAUCCAAAUGGCUAUCUCGGUCCAGUCAUUAUGAGAGGAAAGAUGAUAAUACAACAGUUAUGGGCUGAUAAAAUGGAUUGGGAUAUGCAAAUUACAGGAGAAAUUGAAAAAAGUUGGAAACUAUUUAACAAUGAUCUGAAGAAC